GGCGCAGGACAUAUGGUACCAACGGAUCGACCAGGACCAGCUAUGCAGAUGAUUCGUGGUUUCCUAAUGAAUAUUCCAUACGAGACACCGCUUCCUUUCGAUAUAACCUUCACUGCGCUAAAGCCCGAGUAUCAAAUUCAACUGAAGAUAGCAACAAGUGUUCCGAUAACUCGUUCACGUACAUGGCGUUUAUUCGCUCAAUCACAUGGUUAUUCUGAUCCACGAAGCGAUAUAGUGAAGCCGUAUUCCGUAGGUGAUCCACCAGUGGGCUCAAAGAAGGCCGAUAAGAUCACAGAUUUACCCGGCGUUACAUUUAAAGUGACAUUCAACCAAUAUUCAGGAUAUCUGGAAGCGUCGAAAGGGAACUUCCUUCAUUACUGGUUUGACAUUUGUUCAUUAUUCGUUAUCGCCGUUCAGCACUCAUCCAUUAUACUCCAAAUAGCAAACGUUUUGUUCAUUGAAUCACCAAGAGACGUUGGUUUUUCAUAUCGUUCGAAUACAGUUCCUCCAGAUACCCUCUAUAAUGACACCAAGACAGCAGCGGAUAAUGUGCUCGCAUUGAAAAGUUUCUUUAAACGAUUCCCAGAAUACAAAAAUCGUGAGUUCUACGUGAGUGGUGAAUCAUAUGGUGGCGUAUACACGCCGACACUUGUUGAUGCCUUGAUUAAACGCAUUCAGGACGGAAGUAUGAAGUAUGUGAACUUAAAAGGUCUUGCAAUUGGCAAUGGUGAAAUAAGUGAACUACAACAAAUCAAUUCAGCACCACAACUCUUGUAUUAUCGUGGAGUACUCGGCAAACGUGAACUGGAUCGUCUGAUACCAUGCUGUACCAAGAACGGAGUCUAUGACAAUUAUUGUGAUCUAACUCAGUACAUCCAUCUUGAUCCGGCUGGAAACGCACAUGCGAAGAAUGAGAGCAAUUUAAAACAAUGCGGUCAACUGGUUGAAGAAAUGGGAUUUUGGAAGGUUUGGGAAAGCGGUAACGAUGUGUACAAUACUUAUCAAGAUUGUUAUGCUAAAGCAGCGAAAUUACAAACGGCACGUCGUCAUAAGAGGAAUGCAGGACAUUUGGCUGGAUUAACUCUCACCAAUGAAUCACCAUUCAUCAAUCAAAUCAAUCGCAUCAAUUAUAUGUCAACAGAUCCAUUGGGCACAUUCCCAUGCUACAUGGAUCAUGCUACAGAAACAUAUCUGAACACCAAAAGUGUUCAACAAGCCAUUCAUGUUCAAAGCGGUCUUCCAAGAUGGACAGAUUGCAAUGUUUUCGAAACCCUCAAUAAACUACGAAGUCAAAUCGUUGCAGAUGAAUGGUUCAUAGAGAAAUUAGCACAAAAGAAUAAAAUGAAGGGCUCGGAGCGUGAUGCGUGGAAUUAUACGCAUCCUGGUGGAUAUUUGCCACGUAUUGCUGGUUAUGUGAAACAUUUUACACAUCCAAGCGUUCGUAUCGAUUUACUUACAAUCAAGGGUGGCAGUCACUUUGUACCAACCGAUCGACCGGCUCCAACGUUGCAAAUGAUUGCGAACUUCAUUCAAGGCAAACCAUACAGUACUCAGAUUACAUGUGAUACCACACCUAAACCACUGUUAACUGAAUACGUUCCAAAGCCUGAUAAAGUCGAUCAGAAGAUGGCUGAUAAAAUUUACGAGUUACCCGGCGCUACGUUCGCGAUAAAUUUCAAUCAGUAUUCAGGAUAUCUGAAUUCAUCAACAGCGGGAAAUUAUCUUCAUUACUGGUAA